CGCGUGCGCGGUGGGCGGAGCACCGCUCCUACCUUCUCCGGCAGCCCAGUCCUUCCCAGCCUUGCCCAGCCGGUGUGCUGCUCGCGUGUCACCGCCUCCUAGCCGAGAGUCGCUGCCGAGUGGGUGCUCGGUUUUCGGGUCGUCAUGGCUGGCUACGAAUACGUGAGCCCGGAGCAGCUGGCUGGCUUUGAUAAGUACAAGUACAGUGCUGUGGACACCAAUCCACUUUCUCUGUAUGUGAUGCAUCCAUUUUGGAACACUAUAGUAAAGGUAUUUCCUACUUGGCUGGCUCCCAAUCUGAUAACUUUUUCUGGCUUUCUGCUGGUCGUAUUCAAUUUUCUACUAAUGGCAUACUUUGAUCCUGACUUUUAUGCCUCAGCACCGGGUCACAAGCAUGUGCCUGACUGGGUUUGGAUUGUGGUGGGCAUCCUCAACUUCGUAGCCUACACUCUAGAUGGUGUAGACGGAAAGCAAGCUCGGAGAACCAAUUCCAGCACUCCCUUAGGGGAGCUUUUUGACCACGGCCUGGAUAGUUGGUCAUGUGUUUACUUUGUUGUAACUGUGUAUUCCAUCUUUGGAAGAGGAUCAACUGGUGUCAGUGUUUUUGUUCUUUAUCUCCUGCUAUGGGUAGUUUUGUUUUCUUUCAUCCUGUCCCAUUGGGAAAAGUAUAACACAGGGAUUCUUUUCCUGCCAUGGGGAUAUGACAUUAGCCAGGUGACUAUUUCUUUUGUCUACAUAGUGACUGCGGUUGUGGGAGUAGAGGCCUGGUAUGAACCUUUCCUGUUUAAUUUCUUAUAUAGAGACCUAUUCACUACAAUGAUUAUUGGCUGUGCAUUAUGUGUGACUCUUCCAAUGAGUUUAUUAAACUUUUUCAGAAGCUAUAAAAAUAAUACCUUGAAACACAAUUCAGUCUAUGAAGCUGUGGUUCCCUUCUUUUCUCCAUGCUUGCUGUUCAUUUUGUCUACAGCCUGGAUCCUUUGGUCACCUUCAGAUAUUUUAGAGAUACAUCCUAGAAUAUUCUACUUUAUGGUUGGAACAGCCUUUGCCAAUAUCACAUGUCAGCUGAUUGUUUGCCAAAUGAGUAGUACCCGGUGUCCAACUUUGAAUUGGCUGCUGGUUCCUCUCUUCUUGGUUGUCUUAGUGGUAAACUUAGGAGUGUCCUCUUACAUUGAGAGCAUUAUCCUAUAUACAUUAACAACUGCUUUCACUCUGGCCCACAUCCAUUAUGGAGUACGAGUGGUAAAGCAGCUGAGCAGCCAUUUUCAGAUUUACCCCUUCUCAUUGAGGAAACCAAACUCAGAUUGACUAGGAAUGGAAGAAAAGAAUAUUGGCCUGUAAUAAUCUUCUUUCUUUGGACAGAAAGAAGUACUGUAAAUAAAUGCUUGUAAAUAUUUCAUCCAUCACCAUUGAACUAGACUGAUCUGCUUGACAGACAUGGGAUCUCAGUAUGGUACUUGGACAGCAGGAAUGAUACAUAUAAUCUGAAUUUGUGAAAUUUUGGACCUACUAACUCUUAGCCUAUUUUAUUUUUUAUAAAACUACGUGACAUUUUGGUUGAGCAGAAUGUACAUUAGACCAGCAUAAUGUUCGUAGUGAUUUUAGCUUCGUGAGUUUACAAUGUUUUGAUUCAUGCAGGGUUAAAGAUGCUUUGUUUUUAUUUUUUAAAUACCAAAAUUGGUUUCAGAACACUGAUAACACUCAGAAAACCACAAUGUGUUUUUGUAUUUGGUACUUUGUAAUAGUGGGCAUAGCAAUAGUCCAAAUCUAGUAUAGAGAAAGGAUUAAAACUAAGUCACCUUCAGCAAGAGAUGCCAAUGAUUACCAAACAAUAGACAGUUGCCAAAUACUGGUUUCUCUUUCCCAUGAAAAUGCCUUUUGUCCUCAAAUGAUAAGAGAGCUAAUACAUUUAGCUAAUAUAUAUUUAGAUUCUCUAGCAUUCUAGCUCUCUUUGUUAUGGACCAGAUCUUGAUUAACAGUUUAAUUUUCUCCUAAAGAAAAAUUAUUUGGUUGAGAAUUUGAGAAUGGGUUGUAAUUAUAGCUCACCCAUUGGGAUGGUUCAUUGUUUAAAUGUGACAUUUUUCCCCCUUCAGCUGCAGCUUCCCGAGAUUUGGUGCCUGUGAGCUCUGAUUGUAGAGGAAUGGAUGUGACAAUCCACUCUUAUGAUAAUGACUUGUAAGGCGUGCAGAUAAAAUACCUUAUAAGAUACAUACAAAUUGGAGUUGGGAAUUUUAUGAACCUCACUAUGACCAAAAUUAAUUUUUCGAUUCAGUUUGUCUGUCUGUCCUUCCCCUCUCUCUUUUUUCAGGGUGGGGUGCUUUGUUUUUUGUUUCAUACACGAUGAAACAGAUAGAAAUUCUCUCUUCCCCAACUUAUCCAUUUCCCCACUUGAAGAAAACUUUUGAUAUAUAUGCCUUACUGAGUACAUGCCCUCUUUAAUGUUAAUAUGACUUGGAAUAAUUUCUGAGGUAUACUGAUAAACAUAAAAAUUUCUUUAAUUUUAAUGUAGUUACUCUAUAAACCAUAUUUUUUCAUGAUGUGGAUAUAUUUUCUUCUGUUUCUUUGUUAGUCUUCAUUUAAUUUGGUGGUGGUGAAAUUUACUUGCCGAUAUUCUUUUAUUUUUCACUGAAUGAAGUUUGUGCUUUAAUGAAGAGUGUAUCUUAAACCCCUUUUUUUUGGACAGGUUGCACUUGGAUAAAAUAGGCACCACUGUGUUGAUAUGUAAUUAAAUUCGUAACUAUUAUUUAUGAAUGUGACCAUUGCUAAAUUUAAUUAUAGUGUAUUUCUUUGUUGAAUUUCAGACUGCUGCUUUGUAAAAAAAAACUGUAAUUGAUAUUUUUAAAAUUUAUAAAUUCCAAUCAUUGUCAUUGAAGUUAUUAGAAAUGAGUCACAGCACUAGCUCAUGGUUCUAUACUCAUUUUAAAAAAUUAUAAAGGUUGAGGUGUAUUUGGUGACUUUCUCUGAGACGCAGAUGAACAUUGGAAAUAGAUGAGAAAUUGAUGCAGAAGAACGUGGAGAGUGAUCCCAUGUUUGUUAAUUGCCAUCAUGGAAGUCAGAGAAUUAACCAAUUAAGUGACGGUAACUAUUUUUUGUAUACCUUGUUCUUUGUGAUCUGUAAAAUUGAACUGGAUAAAGUGUUAAUUGGGGGUGGGGAAAAGGCUUUGUUUUAAGAUUUCUAAGCUAAUUAUUUUACUGUUUUGCUGACCUUGUACACAAGGACAAGGUUAAUCUGUAUUGUAUAAGAAAUGAACUGAUACAUAUUUAUAAAAUGAUAAAUUUGGACUACAGGCUUUCUUCACCUUGUACAGUCUGGUAAAAAUACCUGUUACUUCUGGCAUUAGGGUUACGUCCUAUAGUUUGGGGGUUCUUUUACUUCAAAAGUGGGUUUCUGCAGCUCUUUUGGUUGUAUCAAAUUUAUUUGAAAAUUGUUUUGUGCCUGUGCUUUCUGACCUGUUUCCUUAUGGUGGUAAAGAAUUAUGCCAUAGUCAGUUUUAUUGACAUUGCUAGAUGAAAGAAAAGUGCUGUCCACAAGGGGAAAGUGAAAUUGAGCAAUUAACUGUUGUUUCAGGAUACUAGUGAAGCUUUAGUGUACUGCUGACUCUUCUUGUUUUAGUCUGCCAUCUUGAAAGCCCCCAUUUGUUGCCUAGAGAUAUAGCAGCUGAGGCAGGAUUCAUGACAGGUAGCUGUCUGCAUUUAUGUCAUGCCAAUUACUAUAACAUUUCCAAAGUAUAAAAGCUCUUUCAGGCUUAUGCAUGAUAUUGUGGGUGACUUCACACCCCAGCCUUUCUCCCCAGCAUACAGUGAGCUGCCUUUUGGGGAGCAACGCCAGAUAAGGAGCAUACAUGCAUGUUUCUGUACUUUCCGAAUAGAGUGCCUUAGCUAGGCCAGAGGUUCUUAAUGUGUUUCUGCUGACCAAAGUUGCAUACACCUGUAAGAAGUGUCUUUUUAGGUUAUGGUAUGAAAAAGUAUCCUUCGGGCUUGUCAGAUAAUAAUUCUAGAUUUGAGGUGGGCAUGGGAUAAAAACAUUUAAUAAUACCUAGAUAGCGAAUGCUAAUGCUGCCUUUUGUGAUCCUUUAAUAUAAUCCAUGAUGUUAGUGCAGUACACAGUUUGAA